AUGACAGCCUCACACAAUCAUUCCACGAAGAUAUCCCAACAACCAAUCUCUUCAGUAUCAGCAUUUAAGUUCUUCGGCAAGAAGCUGUUAAGUUCUAAUCAUGGGAGCAAAUUGAAGAAAAAGGCGUCUCUACCUCCUAAUUUCCACUCUGCAAGCACCAACGACAGCCAGUCCUCCAGCUCAAAACUGCCAAGCUCGUUGAAAACCUCCCGUCGCGCAAACUCAUUUGUUCACACGACCAACAACAAGAGCACUUCAUCUCCUGCUUCAGCCAAGAUCCUACGCCCGGGCGGCUCCAGCACGUCCAUCUCAAGAGGGAACAGGCAUUCAUCUACUUCUCGUAAUGCCUCAAACUCCAAGUUCAGUAGCGAACGAUUGGUGUACAACCCAUACGGCGUCUCAACUCCAAGCACGUCACUGUCGUCCGUCUCCACCUCCAUGAAGAAGGACCCUGAUUUGGGCUUUUACCUUCACGAUGGGGAUUCUAAAAUACGCAUGCUACCGAUCCCAAUCGUUGACCCAAAUGAGUAUUUACCCGACGAGAUAAAGGAGGCGAGCGUUCAGUUGAGCGAUAACUUCGUCUUUGAUGAUGAGAACAAGACCAUCGGAUGGGGUGGUUCGUGCGAAGUGCGCAAGAUCCGCUCCAAGUACCGCAAGAAGGACGUAUUUGCUCUAAAGAAGCUCAAUAUGAUCUACAAUGAAACGCCCGAAAAGUUCUACAAGCGCUGUUCAAAGGAGUUCAUCAUCGCAAAGCAGCUAAGUCAUAAUGUCCACAUCACAAAUACCUUCCUUCUGGUAAAAGUACCCACCACUGUCUACACCACUCGUGGAUGGGGGUUCGUCAUGGAGCUGGGCCUACGAGAUUUGUUUGCGAUGAUCCAAAAAUCUGGUUGGCGCAGCGUCGCCCUAGCAGAAAAGUUUUGUAUAUUCAAGCAGGUGGCGUGUGGCGUUAAAUUUUGCCACGACCAAGGCAUCGCCCAUCGCGAUUUAAAACCGGAGAAUGUGCUGUUAUCCCCGGAGGGUGUGUGCAAGCUGACAGAUUUCGGUAUCUCUGACUGGUACCACACAGAUCCACACGACUUGUCUAGCCCCGUUAAGAAGUGCGCGGGAAUGAUCGGAUCACCGCCGUACGCUCCCCCGGAGGUAAUGUAUUACGACUCUAAAAAGCACUACGAUGCGGAAUUACAACAGCCGUACGACCCACGGGCACUAGAUUGCUAUGGCUUGGGUAUUAUCCUCAUGACUCUCGUUAACAACGUCAUUCCAUUCUUAGAGUCCUGCAGCUUUGACACUGGUUUUCGGGAUUACUGUGACGCCUAUGAAAAUUUUACCCGUCUUCACGACCGCGCAUUCCGCGAUCGCGGCAAUUAUCGCCCGGGGCCAGGAAUGGAGUAUCAUUUGGCUAGAAACUUCAAGAAUGGUCAUGCAUCGCGCGUAGCAUGGCGACUAGCCGACCCAGAAGCCGUCACUCGCUAUACAAUGGACGACCUGUUCGAAGACCCGUGGUUCCAAGGCAUUCAAACAUGUGUGGAUGCCGAUGACAAGUACGUGUGUAAGAAGCCCGUUAUCAAGACAACUACAUAUGAGAAUCCGCGGGGCUUCCAUAUUGCUACAGACGUUGCUGCGACCACACCCACCUCAAAUCCAUUUCUUAAGAGCCGUGUUCCUAUCAGGUCGAUGGUCGAUAUAGCCGCCCAUCCUUCCCCAACGGCAGCGGUUGCAGCCCCGCCGCCUCCUCCAGCGCACUCUUGUGCCAACGGUGAGGCCCUCUUCACACUUAGAGAAACCCCACCGCCCCAGCUAGCAACCCUCACGCUCAGCGAGGAACCUCCCGCAACUGCCGCAACUCCCGUCCACGGCCACGCUCGGGCGAACACCCCGCACCGAGUUGUACAUCACCAUCUAAACAUCGUCAAUAGCAUGGUUCAUAGUUCUAGCGCGGCCUCUUCUCAAGUUCCUGCUUCAACUUGA